AUGGUUCGACGCAUUGAUGACAAUGGCUUAGUGCUAAGCAUCGUGAAGCUCAAUGGCAAGCUAGAGCUACACUUCGUUAGCGACGACACAUUCUCUGCUCAAUACACGCUCUAUGGAACCGACAUUGAAGACACUGUCGAAAUGGACCACGCACGAGAAGCUGCUGCUGGUCAGCCUGUCGUGUCACUGGGCCUGGAAAUGUUCAUAGAGAAUGCGCAAGGAUUCCUCGACGUUCGCUUUGAGGGCGCCGUCGGAAGCAUGCUUGCAUUUCAGUAUGAUGGUCGUGACGGUGAAGACCCUUCAGGCUACGACGACACAGCGAUUCUGAGACUGGAACCGCCUCCAGGUAUUGCCGCUGGCGCGAUCAGCAAUUUACGGGCACCACUGCAAGGCGAUGGCCCCCUACUUGGAGGCCAAGAAGCUCGAGGUGCAAGAGAUGAUGCGAAAGUUCAAUCACUUCGUCAGGGAACCAGAAGUGCUCAGGUGCAGACUAUGGAGACCCUUGUCACACACUCGGGCGUUCAGACUAAACGCAAACGUAUAGUCAAUACUGGAGCCCAGGAUGCAACCGCGCCGAGACCGCCUCGCAAGAUGUCAGCCUUCAUGCCACCCAAUGUCGAUAUUCCCGGGAUGCAACAGUCUACAUCAACUGAAACGAACAGUACCUGGAAGCGACUAACACCGUCGACCGAAGUCCCACACACCUUCACAAAUGCCGUGGCAACAGUCUUCCAGACAUUCAACGAACCGCGUGAUCCCUAUUGCCAAAAGCGUCUAGCUGAACCAGCUGCCGACUAUCGCGCCUACAAGCACAUCUUCAUCGAGGGCUACCGAAAUGGCGACGACAAGGAGGAAGAAGGUCGACUACAUGUCGAUCUCGCCCACCAUGUUCUGCUCUGGGAGUCAUAUGAUGACUAUGACCGCGGCGCAAAGCUCACGCUCGACCGCCUCGAUCUGCCCCGCUGUGAAGUCGUUCACAAGCGUCUCGAGCACGCCCACUACUUUGGUGACCACACUAUACAGUUAAGUCAGAACAAUUCUGACUGCACAUUUUUCUGCAUGGACUACAAAAUAUAUGAGACUAGGAUCUAUGGCAACAUCGUGGGAAAUGGAGAUGAGAGGUUUCAUUUUCAAGGAGACGGAAGGGUGCUGGUUGUGUUAGAUGCGAUCGAGAAAUGCUUGGAGCUUAAAGCGAGAUCUGUCGCUCCUCGAAUGGACUGA